CAAGACUGGCUAGAGAAAGAGAACAAAAGCGUAAGAGAAGAGCAUUGAAUAAAGGACUUAGCUUAGAAUCUGUUGACAAGCACUCUAAUAAAAAAAACAAUAUGAAAGAACAACAAAGGUUUAAAUAG